AUGGUUCAGAAUCAGAAAAAUAACAAUAACAAUAACCCACCACGUAGAUCAACCCGUCAAAAGAAGUCCAGUAACGACUCAGAACAACCAACUCCAACAAAGCGCGUUACAAGAGCUACGGCAAAGAAACUAGAAGAAAGCAGCAAAAACAAACCAAUAGAGACGACUGAAGAGGUAAACAUGACAGUCGAAAAUCAAGACAUUGAAAUGGAGCAUGCCGACGAAGUCGACGAUACUGAAAAGAAGGCUUUAGAGGCUGAUGCUUUACUGUUAUCUGAUCUCAGACAAAACUUUACCCUCCUGGAACGUGCUGUGUCUACUAUCGAGUCACGAUUCACAACACGUGUUCUAAGAACUACUGCAUCCAUUAGAAAACGUUUGACGGCAGAUCUCUUGGCUCAGGCAAUCAGAGAUAUUUAUCCAAAAG